CUUCACCAAUAAUUCUGUGUCAGACAAAUACGUACUCUCCCUAACAUCAAACCCCCCAUCUUUCUAUAUUUCAACCCUAGAUAAUUUUUCAUCCCCGAAACCCUAACUUUCUCGCUAAUUUUCAUUUUCCCGAGAAAAUUUCUUGUACUGUGGUUUUAUUUGGGAGUCCACGUCGUUUUGAUUUCUAAAGUAGACCGUAGAUCGACCCCCGGCGUGGUACUUUUUGUUUUGGGGAAAAUUCGAGAACCUGUGGGUUUGUUUGUUGGGGAUUGGGGAUGGGGAAGGUUUGCCGGGAGGGUGGGAAGCCGUCGUCAUCGUCGCCGCUGGUGACGACGUCGACGUCGAUCACUGAGACGGUGAACGGCUCGCACCAGUUCAAGAUCACGGGGUAUUCGUUGUCGAAGGGGUUGGGGAUUGGGAAGUACAUAGCGUCGGAUACGUUCGUGGUGGGAGGUUACGCUUGGGCGAUCUACUUCUACCCGGACGGCAAAAGCGUGGAGGACAAUGCGGCGUAUGUGUCGCUGUUCAUCGCGUUGGCGAGCGAGGGCACGGAUGUGAGGGCGCUUUUUGAGCUCACACUAUUGGACCAGAGUGGGAAGGAGAGGCACAAGGUGCAUAGCCAUUUUGGAAGGCCGUUGGAGAGCGGCCCCUACACUCUUAAAUACCGAGGAAGCAUGUGGGGUUACAAGCGAUUUUUCAAAAGAACUGCUCUAGAGACAUCAGACUACCUUAAAGAUGAUUGCCUCUCAGUUCACUGCAGUGUUGGACUUGUUAGGUCACAUACAGAGGGGCCUAAGAUAUACUCUAUUGCAGUACCACCUUGUAACAUUGGUCAGCAUUUUGGGCAGCUAUUGGAAAGUGGAAAGGGAACUGAUGUAAACUUUGAAGUAGAUGGGGAAACUUUUUCUGCUCACAAGCUGGUACUUGCAGCUCGCUCACCUGUAUUCAGGGCCCAACUUUUUGGGCCAAUGAAGGAUCAGAAUACUCAGUGUAUUAAAGUUGAGGACAUGGAGGCUCCAGUUUUUAAGGCUCUACUUCACUUUAUAUACUGGGAUUCAUUACCUGACAUGGAAGAGCUUACUGGCUUAAACUCGAAAUGGGCUUCUACUUUGAUGGCUCAGCAUCUGCUUGCUGCAGCAGAUCGGUAUGGUCUAGAUAGGCUCAGGCUGCUAUGCGAGUCUAAUCUCUGUGAGGAUGUUGCCAUAAACACUGUGGCAACUACAUUAGCCUUGGCAGAGCAGCACCACUGUUUCCAGCUGAAAGCUGUGUGUCUCAAAUUUGUUGCAAUGCCUGAAAAUCUGAGAGCUGUGAUGCAAACAGAUGGCUUUGAAUACUUGAAGGAAAGUUGCCCCUCUGUUCUGACGGAGCUCUUGGAGUACGUGGCUCGAGUUAGCGAACACUCUGUCAUUGUGUGCAGGCAUGGGAAUGAAGCUAUCCUUGAUGGGAGCGACAUCAAUGGAAGGCGGUUGUUCUUCUCGUACUUCAAGGACUUGGUGGGUAGAGAAGUGACUGUGGAGCUCAAGAACGACCUGGCAAUAAGAGGGACUCUUCACUCUGUUGAUCAGUAUCUCAAUAUCAAGCUCGAGAACACUAGAGUCGUUGACCAAGACAAGUACCCUCACAUGCUAUCGGUGAGGAAUUGUUUCAUAAGAGGAUCAGUGGUGAGAUAUGUUCAACUGCCUCCAGAGGGAGUCGACAUUGAGCUGUUGCAUGACGCCACCAGAAGGGAAGCUCGAGGUGGCUAAAAAUUCCAUACUUGUUAACCCCCUAACGCCUAACGGCUUUCUUUUGGAAUGUAAUACGCUUAUCUUGAUUGUUUAAAUCCCAGUCUCUUAGAUGAUAACCAUCCUUGUUUUAUGUUAAAUAAUUUUACUCA